GGUUUUUACUCUUUGGUUCUAAAGUACAGCUGCUCUUAGGGCUGGAGAUGCUGCUGCCCAGAGAACGAGAUAUAAAAAGAUCUCUCUGGCUGGAUUUCCUCCUUUGCCAGGCUUGCCGACAACCCCAGGGGAAGCGUCUAAGGUGAUUACAGAGGUUAGAGAAGUCUUCAGUUUGAAUACACAUUUCUUUCUUGAUUCAGGAUGACCAGCUAACAGAGAUUCAUUAUUUUCGUCCUGAAAUUAAUUGAGGAAAUUUACUAAUUUCCUUGAAACUAGAUCUUUGGAAAGUCUUGAUUUUGCCUGUCGCUUGGGAUAAAACUUAUCAGCGUUGGAGAUUGAUAAGUUUUCUCCCAAACUUUUCCUCAACUCCCCUGCAAGCAAGAGCAGGCUCUACUCUUGGGGUGCCUUUCGUCUGUGUGGUAGGCUCUGAGCUCAGGUCUUUCUCCGGUGUGCAAAAUUACCAUCUCCAACUUCCAGCUCUGUACUGAGGUCCGGGCUACUUGCCCUUAACAUCGCUCAUCCUGUGUGACUGAGGUCUCUGGGCUAUCAAGUCUCCAAUUCCUGGCUAUUCAAGCAGUGUCAGGUAUGGACUCCCACUCGUGGAAUGGGCCUGAAGGAAGGCAGAAAUUGAAAAGAUGUCUUCCAGUAAUGACCACGUUUUAGUCCCAAUGUCACAGACAAACACCAACGGCCUUCCUGGAAUGAACUCAAGUGACGUGAAGACGCUAACAGGAGAUGUGUUAAGUUUUCAUAACAUCACCUAUCGAGUGAAAGUGAAAACUGGGUUUCUAGCCCGGAAGACGGUUGAGAAAGAAAUACUAUCGGGUAUCAAUGGGAUUAUGAAACCUGGCCUCAAUGCCAUUCUUGGACCCACAGGCGGAGGCAAGUCUUCGUUAUUAGAUGUCUUAGCAGCAAGGAAAGAUCCACAAGGAUUAUCUGGAGAUGUUCUGAUAAAUGGCGCACCUCAACCUGCCGAUUUCAAAUGUACUUCAGGCUAUGUGGUCCAAGAUGACGUUGUGAUGGGCACCCUGACAGUGAGAGAAAACUUACAGUUCUCAGCAGCCCUUCGGCUUCCAACAACUAUGAAGAAUCAUGAAAAGAAUGAACGGAUUAACAUGGUCAUUAAAGAGUUAGGUCUGGACAAAGUAGCGGAUUCCAAGGUUGGAACCCAGUUUAUCCGUGGUGUCUCUGGAGGAGAAAGAAAGCGGACAAGCAUAGGAAUGGAGCUGAUCACUGACCCUUCCAUCCUCUUCCUGGAUGAGCCCACAACUGGUUUGGACUCCAGCACAGCAAAUGCUGUCCUUCUGCUCCUGAAAAGGAUGUCUAAACAGGGCCGAACAAUCAUCUUCUCCAUUCACCAGCCUCGGUACUCCAUCUUUAAAUUGUUCGACAGCCUCACCUUAUUGGCCUCUGGGAGACUCAUGUUCCAUGGGCCCGCCCAGCAGGCUCUGGAGUACUUUGCAUCAGCAGGUUACCACUGUGAGCCCUACAAUAACCCUGCCGACUUCUUCCUGGAUGUCAUCAAUGGAGAUUCUUCUGCUGUAGUGUUAAAUAGAGACGAAGAAGACCAGGAAGCAAACAAAACUGAAGAACCCUCCAAGAGAGAGAAGCCAAUAAUAGAAAACUUAGCUGAGUUUUAUGCCAACUCCUCCAUCUACAGAGAAUCAAAAGCUGAAUUAGAUCGACUUCCACGGGCUCAGAAAAAGAAAGGAAUAUCAGCCUUCAAAGAGUCCACGUAUGUCACCUCCUUCUGUCAUCAGCUCCGAUGGAUUGCCAAGCGUUCAUUCAAAAACUUGCUAGGGAAUCCUCAAGCCUCGAUAGCUCAGAUAAUUGUUACAAUCAUACUGUCACUCGUUAUUGGUGCCAUUUACUUUGGUCUGACAAAUGAUAGAGCUGGAAUCCAGAAUAGAGCUGGGGUACUCUUUUUCCUGACCACCAACCAGUGUUUCAGCAGUGUGUCAGCUGUUGAGCUCUUCGUAGUGGAGAAGAAACUGUUCAUACAUGAGUAUAUCAGUGGAUAUUACAGAGUGUCUUCUUACUUCUUUGGAAAGCUGAUAUCUGAUCUUCUACCCAUGAGGCUUUUGCCAAGCGUUAUAUUCACUUGUAUAGUAUACUUCAUGUUAGGAUUGAAGAAAGAGGUGGGGGCUUUUUUCAUCAUGAUGUUCACCCUUAUCAUGGUCGCUUAUACAGCCAGUUCCAUGGCACUGGCCAUAGCUGCAGGUCAAAGUGUGGUAUCUGUGGCAACACUUCUCAUGACGAUCUCUUUUGUAUUUAUGAUGAUUUUCUCUGGUCUUUUGGUGAAUCUCACAACCAUUGAGCCUUGGUUGUCCUGGCUUCAGUACUUCAGCAUUCCUCGAUACGGCUACACAGCUUUGCAGUAUAAUGAAUUCUUGGGACAAGAUUUCUGUCCAGGACUCAAUGCAAACGUCAGUGACACCUGUGAUAACAGCUAUGCAAUAUGUACUGGUGACGACUACUUGAAAAGUCAGGGCAUCGAUCUGUCACCUUGGGAACUGUGGAAGAAUCAUGUAGCUCUGGCUUGUAUGAUUAUUAUCUUCCUCACAAUUGCCUACCUAAAAUUGUUAUUACUUAAAAAGUAUUCUUAAAUUCCCCUUUACCAUACUAUUAAAUGUAUUCCUAUUAAAUGUGGGCACUUUGAUUCUCUGCAUUUUGACCAGUGGGGGCUUUAUAGAAUAGUCUCCUUCUGCAGCAAAAUGAAGCUUCUUUUAUGAGGGUGAGAGCUGCACUUCUUUGGGUAUAAGGACAGAUGUUUAAAACGAAUCUGGGAAUUACACUGGUUUAAGAAUGUGGCAGUAGUGGAUCCCCCUCUAGGGUCCAUGACCUCACUAGUAACAGGUAGUUGCUAGGAUCAUAGUGAAUUGCCACCUAUUAAGUGGGCCUUAAAUCCUCCCUUGGCAAAACUUUGAGAUACUGUGAGAGACAGUUCUCAGGGAGGAGGCUUCCAGGUCUGUUCCAGCUGGGUACCCCCCAGUCCUGUGUCCACAGUGCGCGGUGUCUUCAACAGCAGGGUCUGACAUCCAAAUCUCAUUUUUUUAAAAGUUACUUUUGUAAGGGUGUCAAUGUAACAGAUAUAUAUUCAGUGACUAGUCAUGGCCAGUUCCUGUUGGUCAAUGGAAUUAAAAACAAAGUACAAGUUUCCCAGUUACUGUGUUAUGAUGACAAUAAAUGUUGAAUUUUUUUAGAAUAAAAAAAUACUUGUUUCUGCUUCAGUACUCAGAAAGCUGAAUUAUAUCUCCAUCAUUGAAAAAACUUGUAUCAUUGAAACUAGAAAGAAAUUAGAUUUAUAUCCAGUUUAAUUUUUCUUUUUGCCUGUAAUCCUCCCUUUCUUAUCACCUGAUACUACCCUCUCCUUGUCCCUUGAAUACUUUGAACUUUAGCCACACUUAGACCUGAUUGCAUACAUGAAUACAUUAUAGGCCGGGGUCCAUGUGUGAGGGAAAACAUGCAGAGUUUCUCUUUCUGGGUUUCUAUUGCCUUGCUUAAUACUCAUCUUUCUAGGUCCAUAGAUAUUCUUGCUAAUUGCAUGAUUUCAUUUUCAUAGCAGCUGAAUGUAUCAUAUUGUAUAUAAGUAACAAUUUCAUUAUCCAUUCACUUGCUGAUAAACAGUUAGGCUAGUUCCAAAACUUUGCAAUUAUGAGUAGGACAACAAUAAACAUGCAUGUGAAAUACCUCU